GCAAAGGGAAAAUCUUCUCCGUAGAGCUGACCUGGGGACAAGACAGUCACUGCGGGCUCCCUGAGUUGUGUGGUGCUCCUGGACCGGUUUUUGUCAUCUACUUGGUAGUUUUUUCCUAACCGCCUUUAACCAUGUCUGACGACGAAGAAGUUUAUUCCGAAGAGGAAGAGGAGGAGGAAGUCGUUGAAACGACAACUACAACUACAACCACCAAAGUCGAGGAAGGAGCCGGCGAUCCAGAAUUCAUCAAACGUCAAGAUCAAAAAAGAUCCGACUUGGAUGAACAGCUUCGUGAAUACAUCACAGAAUGGCGCAAACAGCGUGCCAAGGAAGAAGACGAACUCAAAAAGUUGAAGGAGAAACAAGCCAAGCGCAAAGUCACCCGUGCCGAUGAAGAAAGGAAAAUGGCUGAGCGCAAGAAGCAAGAAGAGGAACGUCGUGUCCGUGAAAUUGAAGAGAAGAAACAGCGCGACAUUGAAGAAAAGAGGCAACGUCUUGAGGAAGCUGAGAAGAAACGCCAGGCCAUGAUGCAGGCUUUGAAAGACCAGAACAAGAACAAAGGACCCAACUUCACCAUCACCAAGAGGGAUCCUUCGCAAAACCUCACCGCAGCGCAACUGGAGAGGAACAAGACCAAAGAGCAGCUGGAGGAAGAAAAGAAGAUUUCUUUGUCUAUUCGUAUCAAGCCUUUGGUUCUCGAUGGUCUCAGCGUAGAUAAACUGCGUGACAAGGCUCAGGAGCUCUGGGAGUGCAUCGUUAAGUUGGAGACAGAAAAGUACGAUUUAGAAGAAAGGCAGAAACGCCAGGAUUACGAUCUUAAAGAAUUGAAAGAAAGACAGAAGCAACAACUCAGACACAAAGCCUUGAAGAAGGGUCUGGACCCUGAAGCCCUCACUGGCAAAUACCCUCCCAAGAUCCAAGUAGCCUCAAAAUAUGAACGUCGCGUGGACACCAGAUCGUACGAUGACAAGAAGAAACUGUUUGAAGGUGGUUUUGAUCACCUUUUACUGGAACAUAGUGAAAAAGUCUGGAAAGAAAAGUAUGAAGAGUACUCGAGUAGGUCAAAAACCAAGCUUCCUAAAUGGUUCGGCGAACGACCAGGCAAGAAGAAGGGAGAACCUGAAACCCCUGAAGGUGAGGAAGAAGGCAAACCAACUGCUGAUGACGAUGAAGAUAUCAAGGAGCCUACAUUCGAACCUGAACCAGAGGAAGAAGAGGAAGAGGAGGAAGUUGAGGUAGAAGAGGAAGAGGAAGAAGAUGAGGAGGAAGAGGAAUAAAUUGAGAACUUCCUGGAUUAGACUACCAACAUGUUAUAACAUAAUGUUACCAUCAUUCGCUUUGCCAAAACUGUUUCCGUGAUGGUAUUGUUUAAAUCUUAUUUUAUUUUCAUUUCCAUCGUCUUAAUUUUUAAUUAUAAUAAUAAUAAAACUGUAUUUGUAAUCAUAUAAAUAUCAUUACAAGA